AAAAGCGAGGCGCGAUUAAUAUAAGCCCACCAACAUAUCCACUCCCGCGCGCUCUCCCUCUCGCUCUCAAUUCAUAUUCUUUUUGAAUUUUCCAUUUUGGGCACUCGUUUUUUUUUCACUUGUAUUGUAUGGAGUAGUUUUGUCUAUAAUUCGCGCGCUUGGGCCAUGGACUCGGCGACCACGUCUCGGGAUGCCGACGAGGAGUGGGAGCUUUAUAACGACGAUGGCUUCGUCUACAAGCGCAAGAAGCGCCGCUUCGACCCAGCUGCUGCUGCUGCUGCGGCUGCGGCGGCGGCUCAAACCAACGUGGAUCCCCAGGCGGAGGAGAGGAGCCGGAGGGAGCGCAAGAGGAGGACGCUGCUGAAGCUGAAAGCACAGUACCAGAUGGAGAUCGACCAGUGGGAACUUUUGUCGAACAUGUUGCGUGCAAUGGAGGAGAAAGCCCGUGUCAGUCAGGAUCAAAGUCAGAUUCGACAGCCGGAACAAAGGGAACGAGAGGGACAAGAGCAAACGGCGUCUUUCGGUGCUUUUCCUUUGCCGGAUUUCGUUGAUGGGUCACUGGUGGAUGAGCUUCUACUGCAGGUGGAAGCCCAGGAAGCGAUAGUUCGUGAUGUAUCGAAUUUAUGCGAUGUAGCAGAAGCAAUGUGCAAUGCACAAGAGGAGCAGUUGAAGCAAUCUCUAAUCGAUCUUCCAAUCUGGGCUUCACCGCACGAGCUCAUUGCAUCACUUUGUGAUGAUUGAGUUUCUUCUGUAUGGUUUAAAAUCUUCAUCUUUGGAAAGAAAAAUAUUGAAGCCGAGUCUUCCUCUGGUAUGUUUGAUCUUCACCUGUAACAUUAACUUCAGUGCUCCAAGAAGGCCAUACUACUGUAAUUUGUUGUCAUGUAGAAAUAUUCUAGUUUCAGACAGAUAGGGUGAUUUUUUGGUUUUUUUUUUUUUUUUUUUUUAGAUCAUGUGAUUUAGUUGAAGUUGGGUAAUUGAAUUAACCAUCUAAUGAAUGGACAGAAGAUGGAGAAUGUCUAGAGACUAGGGUGGAAAAAUUGUGUCCUGAAGUAACUUAAAUGAAGCAGUUUCUCAUCGAACUUU